GCGAAACGGAAACCGUUUGGCCUCAAAUUCUGAUCUAGAAGAAUUUAAUAAGGAGGAUAUAAUAUUGGUCAAUUUCGAUGGGGGCAUUUCAAGCAACUUGUUUGUUGCUAAUUUUUUGUGCUGCUUUAUCGUGGGACCACGCCGAGGGAAUCGUUUCUGUGGACUACAUCGAUCGUUAUGCUGGCAUCGCAGAGUUCCCGUGGCAAGUGUCGAUUCGUAUAGGCCCUUGGGCGUCAUCGCACGGCUGCCACGGAGUCAUCAUUUCCAAAAACUGGAUCCUCACAACAGCUACUUGUUUAAAAAGGGUUGCAUCCCCCAUGAUUGCGACCUGUACUAUCACCUUUGAGACGGGUAUUGUCUACGAGGCAGAUGCACAAAUUUAUCAUCCCGGUUUCGACGAGACCACAAAUUCAAACGAUAUCGUAGCUGUGAAGACCAAGUUCGACAUGAACUUCAGCGAUUUCACCCGUUCAAUUCGAUUGACUGAAACGCCGAUUGCACCGAAUACAUUUGGUAGACUUGCAGGUCUGGGACGCACUCAGUAUGCCAAAUACACCGAUACGCUGAGGAUGAGGGUUGCAGAAAUGUCUGUAAUUGAUAGAGAAGUGUGUCGAUCGUUGUUUACUCAGAAAAAGGUGUCACUGGGUAAAGAUCAGUUCUGUGCUGGCGCGCCAAAUGUUGGAGCAUGCGGAGGUGACGAAGGAGGAGGUUUUGUUUGGCAAAAUCAAGCACGAUCAAAUCAGGACGAGCUAGUCGGGCUGGUCAACAACAAUUUCUGCGCAUUGAACAAUUUCCCGAAUGCUUUCACUAACAUCUACCACCACCGCGAGUGGAUCCGUAAUGUAACCGAGAUUUAAUUUUUUUAUUAAAAAUUUAAGCUUCUUAUUAAAAUUAAUCUAAAACCAUUCACUUUUAUAUGGAUUGUGUGCGUGAGGAAGAGUUCUAAAUUUAGUGAUAUUUGGAACAAAUAUUUGAUUGGAAAUUUAAUAAUGCGUUUUUUUCUUAAAAAAUUUAAAUUGGAUAAAAAUGCUAUUAUUCCUCAAAUGAUUGUAAUAUAAUUCGUGAAAAUAAAAUGCAAACUUUUUAAUUGUU